CGCUAUAGCCCGCUCCGCGUCCCCGCCGCCGGAGGAGGUGCCCGCACGCUCGCGGCGCGCGCCGGCCCUACACGCUCGGCCUGUGGGCGAUUUCCUCCGGACCCAGGCUCCCGGGCCGAGGAGGAAGAAGAUGCAGACCUUCCUGAAAGGGAAGAGAGUUGGCUACUGGCUGAGCGAGAAGAAAGUCAAGAAGCUCAAUUUCCAGGCCUUCGCAGAGCUGUGCAGGAAGCGAGGGAUAGAGGUCGUGCAGCUGAACCUCAGCCGGCCAAUUGAGGAACAGGGCCCCCUGGACGUCAUCAUCCACAAGCUGACCGAUGUCAUCCUCGAGGCUGACCAGAACGACAGCCAGUCACUGGAACUGGUGCACAGAUUCCAAGAGUACAUUGAUGCUCACCCCGAGACCAUCGUCUUGGACCCCCUCCCCGCCAUCAGGACCCUCUUAGACCGCUCCAAGUCCUACGAGCUUAUCCGCAAGAUCGAGGCCUACAUGAAAGAUGACAGGAUCUGCUCCCCGCCCUUCAUGGAGCUCACUAGCCUGUGUGGAGAUGACACCAUGAGGCUGCUGGAGCAGAACGGCCUGGCCUUCCCCUUCAUUUGCAAAACCAGAGUGGCUCAUGGCACCAACUCUCAUGAGAUGGCCAUUGUGUUCAACCAGGAGGGACUGAACGCCAUCCAACCCCCCUGUGUGGUCCAGAACUUCAUCAACCACAACGCAGUCCUUUACAAGGUGUUUGUGGUGGGCGAGUCCUACACGGUGGUCCAGAGACCUUCCCUCAAGAACUUCUCUGCGGGCACGUCAGGCUCCUCCCCAGGACCAUCUCUCAUGCCCCCCGUCUGGACUGGCUCUGGUCGGAGCAGCGGGAGGACUGUCGGGCACACCGGGGUGGCCAGGGGCCUCUGUGCCCCGCUAGCGGGAAGGAUGCCAGAUCGUGAGUCCAUCUUCUUCAACAGCCACAACGUGUCAAAGCCAGAAUCGUCAUCGGUCCUCACCGAGCUGGACAAGAUUGAGGGUGUGUUCGAACGGCCCAGUGAUGAGGUCAUCCGGGAACUGUCACGGGCACUGCGGCAGGCUCUGGGAGUGUCACUCUUUGGAAUUGAUAUCAUCAUUAACAACCAAACCGGGCAGCACGCUGUCAUUGACGUCAACGCCUUCCCAGGCUAUGAGGGUGUGAGCGAGUUCUUUACCGACCUCCUGAACCACAUUGCCACAGUCCUGCAAGGCCAGAGCACAGGCGGAGCUGCCAUGGAGGAAGUGGCCCCGCUGAGGCACAACAGGCUUCUGGCGGAACAGGCGGGCAGCCUGGCUGGUGAGCGGACGUGCAGUGCCAGCCCUGGCUGCUGUGGCAGCAUAAAGGGCCAGGACACAGCCUGGAAGACUGAGACCGAAGCAGGCAACAUGGGCGCCGGUGGCUCCGCCAAGCUGCCGCAUCAGAGACUUGGCUGCACCACCGGUGUGUCACCCAGCUUCCAGCAGCACUGUGUGGCCUCCCUGGCCACUAAGGCAUCUUCACAGUAGUCACAGAGCCCAGGACCCAGAGGGGCGGCGCAGAGCGUGGAACACACUCACUGGGCCAGCAGCUCCGAACGGGAACACUACUAAGAAUUCCCAGUGAUCUGAUGCUUCUCUGUUUUAAAUUUUUACCUGAUUUUCUGAUGUUAUGAUCGGAAUGAGAGGGGGGAGACAGAGCAGAGCACCAAGUGGUCCAGCGUCGAGGAUGCCGCCUGAGUCCUGUGCAGAUCUCCUCACUGAGUUUACACACGCUUGUGUUCUCAACACUAGGUCUGAAUGUGAAGUGGGGUGUGUGCAUGUGUGUGUGGUUGUCAUGCAAGUGUGUGUGUGUGCAUGUCUGUCUGUCUUCAUGGCUGCUGUGUGGGCCAGGCUUCCAGGCACCCUGGAAGGAGCCCAUAUCGGGCCAGGCUGUUGCAGCUAAGCAGGCAAAAGGAUGAAUGUUUCCCCCAUUCCUCCCCUCUCCACAUCUGCCCACACCGACCUCACCGUCCUCCUUUCCCAGAUGUGGUCUUCUCCAAAGCUAACCCUUGCCCUUGUGCAGCUGACCCUUCUUCUCCAAAGCCAGGGGAGCAGUUGACCCUUUGGGAGCUCUGUACUGGGGGUCUGGGCUGUGGGAAGGGAAAGAAGCCUCCAGUGGGUGGAGCCAAAGCCCCCUAACUAUUGCCAGUCUUUACUGACUCUGUAGAAUACACCAGGCUACUAUACUCUCCAGCCUAGCUCUAUUGCUCGCCGGGACCCAGGAAGGAGGCUACCUAGCUAGGAGUCCAGGGAUCUGUCGGGACCCAGGGUUUGUGCUGGGACUUUGAACAAAUCAUUCCACGACUCUCCAGGCCUCCACCUCCUCAUCUCUUCGAGGUGGCUCCUGAGACAGGAAACUGAAGAGCUGACCUAGUGUUCUAGCCCACGAGGAUGCCUGCUUUUCCAUGCCAUCAGCUGGGUCCCUCUUUCCAGAUGAGAGGAGGCCGUCGCUAGGGCUGCUCCUAUACACACACACCAGCCCCUCCUGGUACAGCAAGGCCCAGCCCAACCCUGCUGUGUCCACGGCAAGUCCCUUGCACCGAGCACUAGGCAAGCCCCCAAGGGAGCAGUGCCCCACUUCAGACUCACUCUGUACCCACAGCAGCUGGCAGACUACCCACUGGCCCCAGAGCCCACAGGAAAGGACACCUGUGGAGCCCUGGAUGAUCAGCCCAGGGCCCCCCAAGGGUGAUCUUGUGUCUUAAGAUAUCAGCUCACUUUGCAAAGAGAACUAGGCCUUUGGAUUGUCCUUAGGUCCAGAUAAGAUGGAGGACACUAGAAGUACCCUGCAGCCCUGGGGAGGCGACCAAGUAGGGCCACGGUGGAGCAUCCUUCGGGUGAGGAGGGGCUGGUUGGCUUUCUUGGGAACGGAACCCCAGAACUAACCACGUUUACAGGACCUGAGUGUUGAGCCUGAUGAUGUCUGUAUGUUGCCUUCCCAGGCCUGCCUCUCAAUACGGGGGUGGGAAGUGUGGCCGGCUCUCGCACUGCUUUGUCUCCAGAAUAAACUACUGAGAUCAAACUACA